UUGUGUCAUUUACCAACACUGCUAUCAUUAUUUUGUUAUUUUCACAAAUUAUUUCACCAAAAUUGAAGAGAAUCUGACAUAAAGCGAUGGAACUAUUGCCGCUUAUAGCCCUGCUCAGUCUCAUCAACACAAUCCUGCCAGAUUUCAUACGCAACUACCUGAAGGUGUCUCGUUUCUGGAAGACCAGCCGGGCGCACACACGACAGUGGCAGUCCGAGAUAGAUGAUGCCCGCGAGGAGCUGGAGAAUGUGCGCAACGCCGAACAUGCGGGGGAGUACGCCAAGGCCAUCAAAAUAUUGCGUGCGGAGCGAAAACUUGCCGAUGCAGAGGCCAAACUGAAGUCGGCCAGGAGCAUGGACGCCUUCAAGGAGAUGGGCAUCGAUACGGUGGCCUACUACGUGUCCAAAGUACUGUUGGCUCUGAUCCUAAUCGUUGUCAGCAUCCUGAAUCGCAGCACACCCGUGAUAGUCAUCGACCUGGGCAUCAGCCUGGCGCCCUUCACCGGCCUCCUUAGUUUUCCCACUGGAGUGUACAAUGCCGUUUCCGUGCCCGUCUGGGCGUUCUCCUGUAAUGUCACUUUUCGCUUGAUCUACGAUAUGAUAAUGAAGCGCGAUGCGUGAGUGAAGUGGAAAUGCCGUGGAACCAAAACUAUGCGUUUAAAUGCAAUUGAUAUAUAGAUAUAGCACUUAGAAGGCGCUCGAUACAUUAAAUUUUUAUGUUAUGCUUCG